AUGAAAACCUACAAAUAAUGCAUAAAUCAGUUAAAUAUGCUCUUUUUAUACACAGAGAUAGAAGCUUAUAUAUCAGUUAAUCAAAUACUUUGCACAAGCUAAAAUGUAUAUACGGUUCAAAAGAAAACAAAACAUGGGCUUGUUAAUAACAUCUAAUAUCACUAACAUUUAGUCGGUUUGACUAAUCAUGUAUGAUUAAAUUAUGAUAAGAUGGUUAGACUAGUAAGUUAUAAUUUAUUAAUAGCCCUACCAACUCAACAGGCUAAAUAAUAGACUGAUAAGAAAGAUUGAAAACAGUAAUAAGUAUGCUGUUAUUUUACCUAGUUUCAAUAAUUGCACACGUCUUGGCAGAUGAAAAAGGAUCGCCUUUGUUCGCAUUGAAUACCACCUUAGUAAAUUACUACAAAGAACCUCCACAGACUGGCAGCCAGGUCCUGAGUGCAGCUGUGUUCUACCUCCAUGAACUGACAAGGCUCCAGGAGGCUGUGGCCGAGAGGCUACCAGACGCUAAAGAGCUACUAGUGCGCCUGGACAAAGACGGAGGUCCCCAACACCUGCUGUACAUUCCAUACAACCAGUUUAUCGACAAGUACCACUGGGAGGGUGAAGAGAUCAGUAACUACCACAUCAUCGUCUCCUACACUCGCAGGGUCUGGGAUGAGAUGCUUGUUAAGGAGCUGGGCAAAGAGGAGUAUUUCUAAGUAAACAUUGCAUCACUA